AUGGGCCUAGGAGGUGUAAAACCAACUGCUACACCACUAGAAUCUAGAAGCAAGUUGACCACUGUGGAAUAUGACAAGGCUGUUGGAGCUGAAAGAGAUGAAGCUUUGGAAGAAGUUUCAAAAUAUCAAAGGCUGAUAGGAAGACUGUUGUAUGUCACCAUAACUAGGCCAGACAUCAGCUUUUCAGUCCAAACACUAAGUCAAUUCAUGCAAGAGCCUAAGACAUCACACUGGGAAGCAACUAUUAGAGUAGUCAGAUACCUGAAAAAUGCACCAGUACAAGGCCUUAUUUUCAGAGAAAAACCUACACAAGAGAUAACUUAUUGGUGUGAUUCAGAUUGGGUAGCUUGCCCCAAUAUAAUAAGAUCUAUCACAGGCUAUGCUAUUAAGUUUGGAGAGUCACUUAUCUCUUGGAAGUCGAAGAAGCAGCAAACAAUAUCCAAGAGCUCAGCUGAAGCUGAAUAUAGAAGCAUGACAGCUGUUGUUGCAGAGAUUACUUGGCUGCUGGGCCUGUUCAGUGAGCUUGGAGUGGAAGUUCAUCAGCCAGUAGUUGUUUAG